AUGUCGUUGAGGAAAAGUCUCAGCGUAGCAGAAGAACUUAAAAUUGCGAAAAAAACAAUAAAGGAAAAAGACGAGGAGCUUGAAGCUCUCCGAACCCAGCUCCACAAACUGCAGUCCGUCCUUUCCUCUGUGAAUUCAUCAGCAAAUGUGACAGAGAUCAAUAAAUCGAAUGAUUCUUACGUUGGCCGUAACAAAAAAGAAGGAAUUUCUGCCAAAACUGCGGAGGAGACUGAACUGAGAGAAGAAAUAAUUCCAAAAUCUAAAGAGGAAACGUCUCUCAUACUUAACGCUCUGUCUGAAAACGACUUUUUCAAAAAUGUUGAUUAUGCGUCCCUCGAACAACUUGUCCAAUAUAUGGUUCCUCGAAAUUUCUCUAAAAAUUCUACAAUAAUCCAGGAAGGAGAUUCUGGGGAAGAAUUUUUCAUUCUAAAAUCCGGACGUCUUGAAGUUUCAAGUCUGGAGAGAAAACAUAUCGUUUUUCUAACCACGGGGAGUGUUUUCGGAGAAUUAGCUAUUCUUUAUAACUGUGCUCGUACAGCCACAGUGAGAUGUAGUCUUUUGUUUCAGAAGGUUUCUAGGCGUGGAGAAUUCUACUGUUUUUGUCCUCAACCAGCAAGUUUACAAAAAUGUAAUGAUUCGUGUCCUCCAUUUGUCGGACGAGAGCCAUUAGUGAUUUACAAGCAAAUCUUUAAAGGUGUGGCCGCCAUUGAGUUCCCCAAACACGUCGGAAAACGUGCUCGUAAUUUUAUGCUUUCCUCCUGUAAACCUUUUCCUUUGGAACGACUGGGAUACGGCAAAAACGGCAUCGACGACAUCAAAAUGCACCCGUAUUCUAGCUUAUCUGAUAUUCUAGUUUAUUUCAAGGGUUUGACUGGCCUAAAUUAG